GACAAUAAUUUGACAUAUGUUUGACUACAUGCUGUAACUUUCUAGUUUAUGCAUGGUGUAUAAUUUUGUUGCAAAGGUAAUAUCUUCUGAAACGUUCUUCCAAACUUCUCCAGAAUGCACUUAGACUAUUGAGAGACGAUUGAUGUUUAUAGAAAUUGUAAAAGUACGGUAACAAUGACGAACGGAUUGAAACAUGUGUCUGCAUCAGGAAUAUAAACCAAAAUUAACGCCAGGAAAGUUUUCUUUUCCAGUGAUUUUGGGGCGUAUAUAGAUAUGUGGGUGCCACACAUUUCCCGCGGAAACCGGGCAUGACUAAUCAACGAAAAAAGAGAUCAGUGAUGUCGACGGUAUAGAAUACGACCAAGAACAAUUCAACGAUCAUUUGCUUGUAUAGGUCCGAAAUAUCUUUAAUUCAUCAUAAUAUCUUAAAAAUUUCUGUUGAAAUAUUCAAUAAUAUCUGGAUCUUAUCGCAUGGAUUUAGGUUACGGUUAAAUGGGCCCCGUGUUAUUCCUCUGUGUCAUUCAAUCGCAUUUAAAGACUCCAAGUAAUUAAAUCUGAAUGUAUAUCUAUUCAGUUCAAUGAUUUUCUUUCUUAUGUUUGUAAAACUGAUCAUACCGAACAGCCUGUAGUCGUUAUAGAAAAUGAUUAUUGUGUUUAGAAUUUAACUGAACAAUGGAUGAACAAUAAUGCACCUCGGUGUGGCUAUAUGCCAGAGUAUUACGCGCAAGACCAGUCAACUUUGUGUAUUCCGAAUUUAAGUCAUUUUCAUAUGUAAUAGGAAUUUUAAACUACCCACACUCACAGAAGACAUUGGAAAUCUCGCAUUGUAUUAGCAGUGCUGAUUAGAGCGUAACAAGCUUGCGCCGUGUUUUUUUUUUUCGAACAACCUUUGAGCCUACAUUGCGUUUUUCACUGCAGUGUGCUUGAUGCUCUUUUUUCUGCGGAUAAUACUUCGGAAUCUACAAACAUGUCCCCUACACUGACUGUCACAGAAUGUUACAGCUAUAUCAUAUCGCUCAAGAAAUACUUCAACAAAUUCAAGACUGGAUUUUCACUUUUAUAGAAACUCUGCAGUGACGGAUUAUUUGUGUUUUUUUUAAUUUUUACUCUACGUGUACACAGCUUUAUACCUUGAAAUUUUGUGAGGAGCAGCAGAACCGGUCAGCAUGGGAAACGGACUCUGCGUAGAGACGGGCAGCUCCAUGACAGUCUUUGACUGGUAAGUGACACCGUCCAUUUCAUGGACAAGUCUGUAUGCAUGGCGCUUAUAACUGCCUUAUCUAGUCCUUGAAAUUGAAAUGAGAUUGAACUUGUGUUGGUUGGAGUAUUGAAUUCACUGCUUAUAGGCCGCCAUUAACUGCUGUAACACGUGUGUUUUCAUUUGACAUUUUAAUCAUAUGUAAAGAUUUUCAACGGAAAAGGGAAAGGUUUAUUUUCAUUGGCAAGUUUAAUCGUGUUAAGGUGGAUGCUUCUGUUUAUAACGCGUACAGGUCCUCAUAGUUUGUUUAUAUUCCAAGUCUGUUCAGUUUAAAAUUUGAGAAACGAGAAUUAACGAAACAUCACUUAAAUAUCUGUAAGUGCCUGGUUUUUAGGUUUUUUUUUAUCAAUGAAUUGGUGGAUACAAGUGUUAAACCCUAAGCACAUCCUCUUCAGUACACUAACUCUUUACAAAAAAAAGUAUCCGUUUUCAAAAAGGAGAGAAUCAUUCAAUUUCAGUAAAGAGGAAAACUACAAAAAUUUGGACCAUAACAAUGAAAACUUAAUUGUAUAAGCGGAGGGACUCACGGCGUAGGUACAUCCAGUAAUUAGGUGAGCUGAAGAGCCUGGAACAGCCAGACUUCCUAUCGAUUUUUCUCAUGGUGUGUACUUUCCGAAGCCAGGACGCAACGCUUUCCAAAAUCUCACCCACUGAAUCAGUUAUGGAUAAUCAAAAGUCAAGACAGUGUCGUAAAUAUCGGUAUUUAAUGCUUUUAUGCAAAUGAGUGGGAAAAGGCAAAAACAGUACUCGGAGUAUGCCAUUAUGAAUGUAGGCGCCUCGGGUUCUCUUCCCAAGUUUAACUCACUAAUCCAGCAUGGAUUUUCAAAAUCUUAAAACCGAAAGCAUUCAAUCAAAAGUAUUUUUUCUUUCUUCAAACUGGUUUUUUUUUCUGUCUUAGACCUAAUUUCAUUUCAAAUCCAAUUUAAAUAAACUAAAGCAAACCUGAUCAAAUACAUACUCCAAUCUAAUUGGAUUUUCAAAAUCUUAAAACCAAAAGCAUUCAACCAACCUUUUUUUUUUCGAAAACCUUUUUUUAUUCUUCUGUCUGAGACCUUUUUUCAUUUCAAAUCCAAUUUCAAUAAACUACAAACCUGAUUAAUUACAUACCUCAAUGAGAUAACUGGGUACAAUUCAUAGAACACUUGGUAUUGAUGUCAUCAAUAAAAUCCACGAUGAUGUCAGUGAUUUUAUUGCUCUAAAAAUUUAUCAAUAAAUGAGCAGGUAUCUUAGAUAAUUUUCUAAAGGUAACUGAGCUGGUAACGGGUAGUAUUUCCUGUUUAAAUAAUCUAAAAUAUAGACUUGUACCCUUCAUUCAUGCUGCUUGUCGAUUCUUAAAAAUCGAAGAAAAGUAAAAUUUGCUGUAACGGAAGGCUAUCAAAAUCGUGUAUUGUUUGUCGGUUUUGCUGCCCCAAUCUGCUUCAAUGCUCGUUGUUGUCAGUCGCCACGAUGCUUAAUUGCCAUGUUGAUUAUAAUAUAAAGCAAUGUAAGUGUUUUAUCAGAAGUAUCUAAAUGUGGUCUAUUUCACAGUACGACGUCAUAGAAUUCAUCCGAACAAACGAAAGAAGAAAAGGGACUACGGAUAGACACAGUGCAUUAGACACAUACUGUAAGAGAAAAGGGACUACGGGUAUACACAGUGCACUAAACACAUACUGUAUUCCUUACAAAUUGUAGACACAACCAACAUAAAAAACCGCUAAGCAACUGCACAUUUUUAUCUACCACAGUGGUAAUUAACAAGACCAAAAGAUACCCCCACAGAAGUUACACUUAAUACUGAAAGAGUGUUGAUAUAGAGUGCUUUCUUAUAAUUACAAAAACCCACCAUUGCUCGGUAAACAUGUAGCUAAGGCUGAGCAAUAUACAUAGACGUGUUCCAGCCUGCUGUCCCGAACUUACUAGGACAUCUAUUGUCAGCCCUAUCGAUAGGCCCUUCAUAUCCACAGAUAUCAUCAAAAUUAUGGUUUUUCGCCUUUGAAAAUAAUCAGGACAUUUAAAUAUUUUUUUUUACAAAAAGAUGGUAGAGAUAUAUCGUGUUCAAAGACUACGAGAUCCUAAAUCGUGUAAGUCUGUUUUGAUUUGGAUGGUCUGCGUUACAACUUACAUGAUAUGAUAAUAAUUCAAACAAAUUGUCAGUGAUAUAUUUUCCUUUUCCCAUGCACAAUGUUGGCAAACGAAGUAACAAUAAUUUGGAGUGUUUGGAUUAAAGUCUCCUACAUUUACUAUUAACGACACUUGCUACAAAGAAAAUCGAACUUCUCUGUUUUCAAAUAUUUCUGUUUCAAAUAUUUCUGUACAAAAUGUGGAAAAAAUUGAGAGAUGGGUGGGAGGGGGGGGCAACAUUACAAACUGAAUUAAGUUAAGUUGAUCAAAUUAUGAGUGGUUUUUUUUUGGGUAUGUGUUUACAGAACUGUCCUGUAUAGAAACACUCUGCAAUCGCUUGAACUCUUCACACGUUGAUUAAGGAAUUGCUCAAAGUGCAUUAUGUUCAUGGUGUUGGUAAAUAACUUAAGUAUCAACGAAUACACUUUCAAACAUGCCCCAAUUAUGUCGAAAACUGUUUAAAAAAUUGGAAGUCAUCAAAAGAUGUAAAAAAAAAAAAAAAAAAAAAAAAAAUUGUUUGUAGGAAAUGUCUGUAAAAAGAAUGAUGUACAAUGGUCACAGAUUAUACAAGAUAUAUAUAUUGUGUAAGGAAAAAUCUUGUAGAAACAUUCCAUAGCACACUCACCAUUGUUAUCAGUUUGAAUCGUACGUGAAAUUCAUGAAUAUUCCUAAAUACAUAUGAGUAGAUCACGUGUUGGGGAAAUCCACAUGGGACUAUGUUCUGCAGAUUUGUGUAAAUCCUGUACCAUGUAGCAUAUCGAGUAGGGAAAAUUACUAUUGAUUCACUAAAGCAUUAUAAUUCUCAGACCUACCCGAUUUAUAUAGUAAGGGGUCAAAAUUGGUUUACAUGAAAUAUUGAAGUUAACAUUUCUACAUCUCAGUGCUCAAAAAAAAAGUUCCUGUUUUAAACGCAUCGAAUUUUUUUCUUUUCAUUUUUUCUAAUGGUUAGCUUGAUAUACGAAAAAAAAAGAGCUGUAAGUAAAAAAUAAGUGUCUGAACUGUUUACAGUACAUAAAGAAUGAUGUAAUAAAUAAUGUAAUGUAAUAAAUCAUGUAAUGUAAUAAAUAAUGUAAUGUAAUAAAUAAUGUAAUGUAAUAAAUCAUGUAAUGUAAUACCACAGAACCAAAUUCUGUACCCCACAAAGCACAAGUCCUUCCUCCGCAGAAUAUGUGAUUAAAAUCAUGAUUUGUUAUGAUAAAUGUUUAUACUCAACUUAGGGAUUCUGUUCUCUGUAAAAUUGAUAUAUCUUGGCAUUCGUUAAAGAAAAACUUAAAACUAUAGGUACAGGUAGACAGAUAAAUUUGUGAAGAAUUCUGUUGCUUUUUUCUUAUCUGAUUUUCUAAUCAAGCUCAGCAAGAUCAACAAUUUGUGAGUUUGGACUUCUGUCCAAGAUUUGGCAAAACAUUCACUCCCGGAUUUGUGUCGAUUGUUAGAAAUAGGUAUGAGUAUUUCAACAGUUUAAAUAUAUAUAAUAAAUCUAAAACUAUUCGUAAUUCUUAUGUCGUAUUCGAUUCAAACUGAACAGAAUCGCCAGAGGAUGCAAUGACCACACACUGCAGAUAAAACAAACACCAACAUACAUGUAUAUCUUUUUACCAAGGUUUCUUACUCUUCACAUAAAAAACCCGCUUUACAUUUUGUGGUAGUUGUUCACGCACUCGCCUCUCGCCGCUGCGACCCGAGUUCAAUAUCCGUGAUCGGCAGUAGUUGUAUGUGAGAGGGUAUGGUGGUCACCCACUCGGACACGUGGGUUUCCUCCGGGUACUCAAGUUUCCUCACACAAAAUGACCCCCCCCCCGCCCCUAUACCCAGCGCCAACUGUGCCAGUCGGUAGAUAACUAGUAAAUAAUUAAUUUUCAUUGUUGUUAAGUCCGACUUUAAAAAUAAAGAUUAUCAUUUUAGCUAUAAAUUCAACCAGGUAAAAUCCCAGCAUUAGUGCACAUGUACAGUGCACAUUCCGAUGCACGUGCAAAAUAAAAAAGGAGGAAAUAUUUUGUGAUUGGGUAUAAACUAUGGUAUGCCUGUCAAUGAAGCCAGGCGUGCUUCGGCGUCGCUUUUACUGCGUUGUCUGUUGUGGUUAUGGAUGUUUGAAGUGUUUGGUUAGUUAAGUCCGAUCAAGGUCUGGCUGUAGAACAGUUGUACAAAGGUGAUGCUUCACUGUGAUUCUUUCUUAUAAGCAGCUGUCACACAUUCCCAGCUAUAGGUAGAACAAUUCUCCAGAAUCUCAAAGAAGCACUCAAACAAGAGCCAAGAUAAUUUUUACAAUUAGCACCAUGUGCUUGGGUUGCUGCUUUUUUAUCUUCCUAAGUAAUGUUUUCAAUAUGCAUAAAACGCGAAACCUUUCUACUUUCAUUUUUAUGUUUAUCAUUACGAUGCGAUUUUCAUUAAACGUAUUACAUCUUCUCUUUUUAUCACUCUACAAUGAUUUCGGGGAUCUUACAAUACUAAAUGAUUUCUCCAUAACGUGGCAGGACUUGCUGGUACGAAGCAGGUCUUUGUCUACUUACGAAAAACAUUGACCGAAUAUGCAUUUAUAAAAUUUUCUAAUAUCAAUGAUUUAUUUGUACAGUUGAUUCAAUAUAGACUCUGUAAAAGGCAUACGUUAAAUGAAAUAGCGGAUUUCUGUUCUGUUUACGAUUGUUGCUGUAUGGGGGUAUUUUUUCAGCCCUUGUUCGAGAACACUUCUUCGACAAUUAUUUUUUACUCGCCAUUCUCAGAUAUAUUAUUUAGAUUAUUUAAAUAAAUUCGGAACGCCUGGUGCUGUUGAAUAUUUGUAUUUACAUUCCAUGGAGAUAGAACAGUUGUAGAGGGAAAGUUUUUUGAUGGUAUAAGAAAUUAAACCCAUGACAAAAGUAAACAUGAAAGAUCUAUUUAAAAGAUGAAGAAGAAAAAAAUGACAAAUAAAAUUCGGUUUUGAUUCUUGCGUUAAAUCCAUUUUCAGAAUCAAAACUGAAAGAAAUAAACCUAAAGUUCGUGCUGUUUCUUAAGUAUUUUGAAAAUCCUUUAACUGAAGAAAUCGGGGAUCUUAAGCAAGUCAAGUUUAGAAAAAAAUAUUAUCCCACUGCGGGGUUAAAGGUAUGUCACGUGGAUUUCAAAUUACUUACCGAAACAAUGAAAUAUUGCAUGACAUGGAUAACAUCAAGUGUUACGUUAAGUUUUGGCACCCUUCAGGGUUUGAAAGUUAAAACGAUUAGUCUCAAUCCACUGGAAUUCACAACAGCUUUUGUUUUGAGAUUUUGAACAUCUAUUGAGAAAAAAAAUCUGAUUCUAAUUACCAAAUGCGUGCAUGAUCCGUUUCAGAAGUCAGAAAGUAAAAUUGCCUUGCAUGACAAAUCUCUAUAAAACAUUGGAUAUGCAUACCCAUGAUAUUGUAUCAUAUUUGCAUAUCCGAGGGAAGCUGAAGAGUAGUUUUCUAAAUUAACAUAGAAAAAUGCGUAGAAGCAAAGAAUUGAAUGAUAUUCUGACAGGCAACAAAUAUUCAUGGUAACAGCUGCUAGCGUUUGGCCGAUAUAAAUGAUUUCUAUGCGCGGAUGUUUUAUGAAAGUUUGAAUUUUACUUGGGGGGGGGGGGGUUGAAUUUUAAUUCAUAAAUAUACUGUAUUCAAUCCGCAUAUUUUUAAAAAUGCAAAUUUUAUCGUUUUCAUCAUUUUUUCAUUGAAGUAGAUAUCUGUGAGUUAACGAUACCAGUACGAUAGGUCUAAAGAUUUGAUUAAUCGUAACUUUGGGAAAUUUAGCAUCAACAAAUCUACAGUGUGCCUUUUAUCUUUUAAUUACGUGAUAACUGGACACAUUUUUAAAAAAAAUACUUUGUAUAAUUUUAUGUUCUGUAGCAUAGCUGCAGAAAUGUUGCUCUCUGGAAGAAAAAUUGAACUACAGAUCCACUCGUUAUGAAAACCACUGAUUUACGUCGAGGCUAUUUCUGAGCGCAAUUCAGGUGUAAUAAAUCCGUAUUUUUUACAUCACCGCCUCAAGAUUUUUACAUAACAUUUUUUUCUACAUAUUUCGCCUGUUCACUCGUGUCAAGACAUCCGAACAUUAAUCAAAACCCCCUUCAAACUAAAAAAACAAAAAACUCUCGCAGCUUCAUUUAAGCUUAAGUGACGUUAGUUUACCAGUCAAUUCUAAUCUCAUUAUAAGUUUCACAUGCAUAUGUUUUUAAAUACUACCAAUGUAUACUUAGAAAAAAAAGUAAUGAUAAUUCGAGUUCAGUUAAUCAAGACUGUUUAUAGAGGUUUGAAUAUUGAUAGCAAGAAGAUCGAACACCAUAUAUAGUGUUGAAAACAUGAAUAAAUACACAAGUCAAAGGAAGUCAACUUUAAUGGCAGCCUAGUAUGGCUUCGUAAUAAUUUUAUUGAAGUAGUGAGUUUUUAGUCCAAAUGGAGUUCUACUAAUUGUUUGAAGGUGUAUCUUGAAAAAAAAAAAUCCAGUGUGGUGAAGAAAUGCGUUAGAAAUUCUUUACGGAAUAAAAUUUGUAGGUUGUUUGUAUUACAGGGAUAUGUAAACAAUGGCGGCACGGGGUAAUUUGUGCAAUCGGCGCGGGAUAAUUUGUGCAAUUGACGAUGUUGAUUGUGCAAAAAUGACCUCAAUGGUUCCAUUGUUUAUAUGAACCUAUUGUUUACACGCCCCCAUGAUAUAAACAAACUAGACGUGUAUUCCUUAUAUCAAAACUUGCAAAACAACUUAAUCUAUUGUAUGAUUAUAGGAUUUAUUAACGAGAAUUUAUUUUGUGGUGGGCAUUGGUAAGAAACAUACUGUCAUAGAUUUAUGUUAUACACCACACGGAGGGCGUGACCGGUCAACAGGGAAAGCUUACUUCUCCUAGACACCUGAUCCCACCUCUGGUAUGUCCAGGGGUCUGUGUUUGCCCUACUCUUUAUGAGAUUUGUUUGAUUGAUCACUGUUCGUUAUGUUCCCGUUUUUACCCAUAGCCAGCUGAUUUUCGAUUUUUUGGUGGAACUUGAAAUUUCAGGUACUAAAUCUCUUUGGAUGUUAAGAUACGGAUGAACAUAAACAUAGCAUAAACAACCCGCCAUGUAAACAUUAUAAUGUGAAAAGUAGCUUCAUGUGUGACUUUUUAGUUGUCUUGCAUGACGGUGGUCUUCUGAUAUGAUAAAACAUUUUUUAAAGAUUGCUUUAUUCUCCGACGAAAUACCAGCCGUCUGUUAUUAAGGUUUCUUUUCGCCGAGUAAAUUGUUACGGUGUGUCACCAAGUUUAUUAUAGUAUUUUGACAUGUAUGAAGGUCUCACCGUGGUGCUGAUAGCAGUAAACUUAUUUUGUCAUAUCUGCUUCUGGUUGUAUGUGAAGAACCAAUCGAUAACUGGCUGGAAAAUACUCACUCAAUAUGGAUACUUGAGAUAGCGAUCUUUCAGUAACAGGGUUGUUGCGAUGCAUAGAGAGGUAUAGAGACUUGUCUUAUAUCAAUCGCUGAUUAUUUAGACCUUAUUAGAUAAUCUAACAACGAUCUUUAUCUCAUUCAAUGCUGUAGUUUUGUCAAAUUCAUCUUCUUCGCCUGUCAAAUCUUUUGUGCUGCACAUCAAUAUCAGAACAACGGCUUCCAGGUUUUAUCAGUUUUCGGACUACCAUUUUGGAAGUCUUUCUCGACUUGGUGGUGUUAACCGCACAGGAUGUCGUUUACACGACAUUUUUGUCCAAAAGCCCCAAGAAUAAUACCCCAAAGUAGCGGGGCCCGUGUUGUUGAUAAGGAUUAGCCGCUGACUUACUAUAAUAUCUUGUUCAAUGCAGGGUGAUUUUUCUACUUAAGGUUCAUAAGGUUCGUAGGGAGCUCUAGACUCAUUUGUGGUACAUUCCAUCUCGUGAAUUUUUAUAUUGGUACACCAAGUAUAACAUGUCGACUGCAGCUACAGUUUUGGAUAAGUUUAUCGGCCGGAAGCCCCCACCUCCGCCUGAUCCGCCUCCACCUCCACCGCCACCCGAUCCUCAAGAUCCCAACCAACCGAAGCUGGACCACGUCCUGGGUACAGUGCAGUCACAAGUUGGACUUCGCACCAUCUAUGAUGACGAUUUCAUCGAUAGACUCAAUCAUUACUACACAGUGAUACUUUUGAUAAUAUUUACUGUAAUAGUAAGCACGAAUCAGUACGUGGGUGACCCUAUAGAAUGUUGGUGUCCGGCGGACUUCACAGAAAACCGCGUCGACUACACCAACUUCGUGUGCUGGGUCAGUAACACGUACUACAUACCAUUUCAAAACCAAAUCCCGGUAAAUAUUGAUCAUCGUCGGCAGAAGGAGUUGACGUAUUAUCAAUGGGUUCCCAUCAUCUUACUUAUCCUCGCUCUCCUCUUCAAAAUGCCUCGAAUGGUUUGGAAAGUACUCUCCGCCUCGAGUGGAAUCAGCAUGGAUAAGCUCGGAAAUCUUGCAAAGGAAACCCAAUACAUAUCUCCAGAAGACAGGGAGAAAAAGCUCAAUCAUAUCGUCAAGUACAUUGAUCAAUGGCUGAGUGGCAUACAACCAUACCGGGCGGGAAUGUGCGUUCGAUUACGAGAACGCGCUAGUAAGAUUGCCUGCUGCUUCUGUGGUCGCCAUUUUGGAAACUAUUUGGUCACAUGCGUUCUAUUCAUAAAGUUAUUGUACCUCGUGAAUGCUAUAUCACAGCUCUACAUACUGAACGCUUUCCUCGGCACGGACUAUAGUGUCUAUGGGAUUGAGGUUCUCACUUCGCUAUACAGCGGCGAAGAUUGGACGUAUUCGCCGAGGUUUCCGCGAGUUACCCUAUGUGACUUUGAGAUCCGACAAAUGACAAACUUACAGAGAUGGACAGUUCAAUGCGUUUUGCCAAUCAAUCUCUUCAAUGAGAAAAUAUUCAUAUUCCUUUGGUUUUGGCACGUAUUCCUCGCCUUUCUCAGCGCGUUUAGUUUAGUCGUUAGUGCUUAUGCAUUCAUGUUUCCGCAGCACCGAAAAUCGUACAUCCGAAAGUACCUUCUUCUCAACAAACUGUACAAAUCAGGAAAAGUAGGAGGUGAGAGAGAUAAAAAGCUCGCUCGUCGAUUCGUUGACAACUACUUACGUCAGGACGGAUGUUACGUUCUGCGUGUGUUCAGUAACAAUGCUAAUGACGUCAUUACAUCUGAAAUAAUCAAGUAUCUCUAUCAGGAUUACGUAAAAGAGAAAGAACAUAGAGAUGUAGAUAUCAAUGGUUUGGUAGAAGAAAGUCAGAAAUAGUUUUAAAGGUGAAGACUUUAAAGGUUGAAGUUGAAAAGGCCAAAAAAUUGACAUGUUAAAUCCUGAAACAUGCAUGUUGCCAAAUAUUUUUUCUUAUUACCAAAGAUGGAUGGCAUUAAGCUAGCUCCGUAUUGAUUGUUGCUCGUCUGAACCUAGUUUUUGGCGCUUGUAGCUGCACUGAACGACCAAGUGUCGGACAGUAAGGAGUGCUGAUGGAUGUGUAACGUGAUGCAAAUCGACGUCUUUCAGCGUUUUAAUAACUAAUGAUACUGAAAAUUUCAUGAACACCACUGCUUAACGCAAGGGUGUAAUGCAGAAAUGAUCUCUCCGACCGUGAAUUGUGUGUUUCGUGUUUUUCUUUUUUACGUUUGUUGUUUUGUAACUCGUUAAAUAAUCUCUCUGUUUGCUUUGUGUUUGUUUUUGUCUCGUUCAUUCCAAGUUUAACGGCACCCUUAAUAGUCUCUAUAUCUGUGAUAAACAUUUUGUAGAUAAACUGAUUAUUUUAUAAGAUCGCCUCAAUCACCGUGUUUUUACUUUUUCGGUACACUUUGCAUGCAACACAUCACUGUUUUUAUAAUAUAUAUUCACCAGUUUUAAUUGUGUUGACUGUCGUGUCAAUCUUGUAUAAAAUAUUCAAAAAGUAUGUCAGUAGUUGGCAUUUGAUGAACAGAACAAGGGAAUGAAAAGAGACCACCUAAUCACAUGACUCAGAGCCUUGUGGUGACCAAAGAUCAAAACAUUCUGUGGGUGUGUAUAUACGGUAUGGUUCUGUUAAGCGUUGUCGCGCAGUUAAAGGACUAAGUAGUUGUAGGUCUCUUUGUUCUUCCAGUGCAGGGUCAUUCUUUGACAGGGAUUAAAAUUGUCACCAAAUCUGGUUAACCAGUUCUGGUCACGCUACUGUAAACUCGUCAUUGUGGAUUAAGUGGAAACUAAUUGCCCCUAAUAUGUUUUGUCUACCACUUUAAUUUGUAUUUUAAGAUUUUUGUGCAAGAUAAUUGGCAAGAAGAUGAAUUACCAAAGCAAUAUGUGGAGUGAUUUUGUCUUGUGUUUUAUAUAUUGAUGAACUUAAUGAAAACUUUAAUUAUUUAAAUGAUAUGUUGAGCAGAACUUUAACCUUUCUGUAGAAAUGUAAUUGUUUAAUUACAGAAUGCAUUUUCUGUGAAAAUGCUGUCGGUUCUCUGUUAAUUAACACCAACUGUCCAUGAUAUAAUUUUGAGUUGCCCUUAGGCUCAAGAAGACUUGUCACUGAAAAUGCCUUUAUGAUUUGUUGGUUCUUACUUGUUCAUAUCUACAUUUUAUCUUUUCAACGAACCAUGUUUUAAUUGAUUUGUACAGCUUAUUAAUUACGCAAAGAAUCAUUCACAUGUUCUAAUACUCCUUGUUUGUCUUUAACGAAUACAAGCGAUAUGGCUGUGUUUUAAAAUUCAAACGAAAAAGGAUGAUGAGGUUGUGUUAUUUUUAUACAAGAGAGGAUAUUAAAUUUUAAAAAAUGUA